AGACGGAUAUUCAGGCAAAGUUUAGACGAUUGUUUGGCGAAAUACUGCGAUAAAUCUCCAAUUAUCUGUUGAUUUUUUUUUUAAACGACAACAAUCAAUUUCAUAUACGUCUACUGGUAUAUUUAUGUAGACUUGAUUUAAUCAAUGUUACACUCUUCCCGAAGAGAAAAAACGCAUUCUGCUAACUUUCCGACGCCGGUAAACGCACUGGAAUCUGUCCCGGUAAAUCAGACUGACAGCACAUUAAAACUCCUUUAUCUGUUAUAUUUACUCCUCUUUAAGUUUUGAAGAGUUAACGAUUCCGUAGCUAGUUUAUUUAUUAGUUUCAGUCAUCAGAAAAUAACCUUAAAUUCGCCUGUGCUGAAUAUCUCGGUUCAUUCAGUAGUAACAGGUAGAAAGUGACAGCCUACUGAUAUAUUUUAGGUGUUACUCUGAUUUUUUUCUCUCUCUCCAAAAUGUCAUACACGUCUUGAGAAACUUUUGUAGAGUUAUUAACCUAUGUCUUAACUACACGACACAACUGUGUGGUUAUGAUUCGAUUGUGAAUUCGUAUUGUGACGCAUGACUUCACCUAUGUCACUCGCCACAUUGAGUCCUCUGGUUUCAGUGCUGUGGGAGUUCUGACUUGAAACAAUGUGCAGGCUCAUCAAGUAUUGCUUGGGCCACAUGCUUUAUGCUGCAAUGACCCGGCUAGAUGAAGCCAACAAAGGGGUCAACAUGUGGUCCAUUCGUUACCUUGGAUACCUGUCCAGCCUGAGUUCAUUGGUUGCCAUUUGCUUGGGAUAUUAUGUACAAUGGGAGAAGACUGACAACAUUAUUAUCUUGGUCAUUUUUAUAUUGGGCCUAUUUGUACUUGGGAUUACCAGUAUUCUCCACUACUAUUUUGGCAUGGAGAGGGUCAGCCUCUUUCUGUUGCAUGUAUGGUUUGGUUUCCUUCUUGGUUUGCUGUGCUUCCUCAAUAUCCCAUCCAAAGUGGAAGAUGUUAAGGAGCAGGUGGCCAACUAUAUGUUAGUUGCCAGCUUGGUGAUAAGAAUCCUAUGGGCUUUAGUUGAAAGAAUGUGCGGUUGCACUCAGCAUCAACCUGCCUUCCUCAAAUCAAGGGAAGCCCUGGAGCUCACAGGCUUUGCCAUGGCCAGCACAACUUUGGUUGGCCAUAAAUCCAUAAGCCUUAUUGCUCUGACACUCUCCUUGGCUGCUCUAAUUGUGGACUUGCGCAUGAAGUCUUACCUGGCCCUUCCAAAUCUGACAUGCUUCACUGUGGUUGCAGCAUUUUUCUUCCAGGAGUCUUUAGGAGUUUCCACCAACCCCUUCGCCUUGUCGUGCUUCUUCAGCCACCUCAUCUGUGACCCUUUCCUGGAUGUCUACUUCAGCGGCCUUUCGGUCACUGAACGCUGGUCUCCACUCUUAGUGAGAGGAGGCUUCUGGAGGCACCUAUCCCUCCUUCCUCUAGUUGUGGUGGAGGUAGCCUUCCUCAUCAUGGCUGUUCUAAAGAUGAGCGAUCUGGAUCGCUGGCACCUGUUGAUCCCAGUUCUUUCAGUCUUCACAAUUAUCUGGAUCAUCUGUCACCUGGUUUUUUUGGUCACAUUGUGGGGUUUCCACAGUAAGCUGAGUGAUUGUCAGAGAUUGUGCAUGGCACACAUAUCAGAGGUUGGAGAACUGGACAGGGUCAUGGCAUCUAAGGGCAUGCGCCACUUCUGCCUCAUAUCAAAACACCUGGUGCUGUUCAGCCUCGUGUCCACCAUCAUACUAGGAGCUCUGGCAUGGCAGCCGUUCAACGGUCUAUUUAUUGCCUUGAUUUUGCUGGUACUUCCACUGGAGUCACUAGCCCACGGCCUAUUCCAUGAGCUGGGAAACAGCCUUGGAGGAACAUGUGUGGGCUAUGCUGUGGUCAUUCCUACCAACUAUUGCAGCCCAGAUGGCCAGCCCACCCUACUGCCCCAGGCUCAUGUGCAGGAACUCAACUUGCGCUCAACAGGGAUGCUGAACAAGGUGCAACACUUUUUCUCCCAUCACAUGAUCGAGACCUACGGUUGUGACUACUCCACCAGCGGCUUGAGUCUGGAAGCCCUGCAAGCUAAACUCCGCAUAUUCAUGGAGGUCCACACGACUGACGGCCCACGCUACGACACCUACGUGCUCUUUUAUAGUGGCCACACACACCGCAGCGGAGAGUGGGCCCUAUCAGGUGGAGACAUUUUGCAUCUAGACGAGAUUGUGCAGCUCUGGAGGGAGAAGAACGCUGGUUUCUGCUCCCGCCUCAUCAUUAUUCUCGACACCGAGAACUCCCUCCCUUGGGUGAAAGAGGUACAGAACAUCAAGGGACUUUAUGUAGCAGUUCAAGGGGCUUUGCUCUGUUGUUCAACAGACUUGGAGCUCCAGGAUGCACCUCAGCUUGGGGACUUCACCUCUCAAUGGGUCGAUUUUAACUGCAACCCUGAGAGCGUUGUCCGCUGGUCUGAGCAUGGACGGACCAUCCGAGCUUUCUAUGGCAUUUCCAGACACUGGAGUGACUACAAGCUCCACCUCCCCACUGAAAGAGAUGUGACCAGGCACUGGAGCUUGUACUUCCCACGCUUAACUUACCCUGUGGUUCAUCUUGCCCACUGGUGUGGUGGACUGAACCUCUUCUGGGUUUGCGGUUACUGCGUUCGGCUACUCCGAAGGGUCAAACUCACAUGGUUCCCUCCUGCUGUUCUAGAUACAGGCAAAGGUUUCAAGCUGGUUAAAUCGUAGAUUUAAUCCUAGUGUGUGAUGAAACUUUCUCUGUAUCAGGACUCAGAUAAGUGAAUCUCACCUAUGGCAGCUUUAAGUUGUAUGGACCAGCAAAGUAAUUUAUAAAUGUGUGUAUAUGUGUGUGUGUAUGUAUGUAUGUGUAUAUAUAUAUAUAAAAAAACUUUUUUAAUUAGAUUUUGCUCAAAGAAUAUCAAACUUAUUUUUAUGACCACUAAGAUUGUUUGUAACAUUUUCCUGAAAAUAAGUAAUAUAUUAUGUAUAAUUAUGUAUUAUUCAUUAAAUAUUAUUGAAUAUUUAAAUUGUGAAGAAUUUAUACAUCACGCUAGUGUUUGUUACACCAUCUUAAUUUUUUUCUGAUUUAAAUAAAAACAAUUGUAUUAUUGUAGUAAAAAAAAAAUACUGUACUGCAGUAAUGACAAUUUAAUGGGAAGCACUAUAAAAAUAAUUAACAUUACAAGAAAAAUAAAACUUGAAAUUAAAACGUCCAGAUGCAUUAUGGUAAUUAGAAUGAAAAUAAUAUGUAAUGUACAAAAUCAUAAUGGUCUUAAAAAUAAGCUCUUUCCUUUAUGCAAAAUACGAUUUUUAUUUCUUCUGAUUUUUGGGUGAAAUCAUAGAAUAAUUUCAUGAGAUUCACUUGCAACACGAAUAAGUCACUGAAAGGCCAUGCUAAUAGCAUUGCAUCUACUAACAAGCAACUGUUACAGCUUAAACUGAUAUUUUUUAGCCCUUACUGCCAUUUUAAAGCUUACUACAAUUAUUUGUUCAUGAUGUUCAUACCAGCACUGAGCCUUUGAAUGCCACAUUUUAAAGUGACAAUACACAUUCCCAGCACCAUAUACAGUAGCACAGCAUGAAACCCAUAGCAGUCUGCAGCUAUUUGUAGAGCGCCUCUUUUCAGUUAACUGCACUAGACAAAGCAUGGCCUUAUAUUUGGCAUCUACAGUAUAUAAGGGAAAUCAUCUCCACAAGCAUUCAGAUCAGUACAUGAGAUUUAUAUUUGUAUUGGUGUGUUUUAUUUGUUUAUACUGAACAAUAUUUUCUACUGCUUUUUAUAAAUUGUGCUAAAUUUAUACUAUUUUGUGUACCUUGGUUGCUAAAUUGAAGUCUCAUUUAGCAUAACACUGUUAUAUAUGACCUUACCUGUGUUAUGACAAGGCAAGGAUGAUAUCUUUAGUCAUUAGACUUAAGUUGUGCACUUUUAUCAAUUGUAAUGAAGGGAUUUGUUGUAGAAAACCAGCAUAACUCUGUAACAUAAUUGUGUGUUUUAAUGGUUACGUGUGUUCUGAAGUGCCUUGUGCAAGAUUAGUCUUCACCAAAGGAUGCAAGUAUUUAAUCCUAAUGAAAUAUGCUAUAUAUAUUAAUUGGUCUUAGAUUGUAUGAAGAAGUCUGAAGGUUUUUAUUUUUUAGAGAACUUUUGAAAAAAUGAGCAAGUUACCGGGGAUUGAUUUCUAUUGUUUUUUGAUUGUUUAUGUGAAUGAAAUCAACCCAUAAUCAGAAUGAGUGUGAUAUGAAUAAAAUAGUUGCUCUUUCAAUGCAAAGCUUGGAGAGCUUUGGAGUUCCAAAGAAUGGAGUUAUGCUUCUAUCC